AUGGCUCCUACAUUCUCUUCAGUACUCUUGUGUCUCUGUUUACUCUCUUCACCAUUUCUCUCAAACGCAAACGCCCAUAAAAAAAUCGGUUUCACCGCGGAUCUAAUCCAUCGCGAUUCUCCUAAAUCGCCUUUCUACAACCCGACCGUGACCCCUUCCCAGCGUCUAAGAAACGCUAUCAACCGAUCCGUUAACCGUGUUAUCCAUUUCACAAAUCUCUAUGGCCAAGAUGCAUCUGUUAACUCACCGCAAACCGAGAUCACCUCGAAUAGCGGUGAAUAUCUAAUGAAUGUGUCCCUCGGGACACCUCCAUUCCCGAUCAUGGCGAUUGCUGACACGGGCAGCGAUCUCUUGUGGACGCAGUGCAAACCCUGUGAUGAUUGCUACGCUCAAGAAGAUCCUCUCUUUGACCCUAAAGCGUCUUCAACAUACAAAGACCUUUCUUGCUCCUCAAGUCAAUGUGAUGCCCUUGUUAGAGAAGCUUCUUGUUCCACUGACAACACUUGCUCCUACACCAUGUCUUACGGGGAUCGGUCAUACACCAAGGGUAACGUCGCCGCCGAUACAUUAACGCUCGGCUCCACCAAUAGCCGCCCCAUGCAGCUUAAGAAUUUGAUCAUCGGAUGUGGCCACAGCAACGCUGGAACAUUUAAUAAGAAGGGCUCCGGAAUCGUUGGACUUGGUGGCGGUGCGGUUUCGCUAGUUUCGCAACUCGGGGACUCAAUCGACGGUAAAUUCUCCUACUGUUUGGUCCCUAUAUCAUCUAAAACCGAUAGAACGAGCAAGAUCAACUUCGGAACCAAUGCGGCCGUGUCGGGAACGGGAGUUGUCUCAACUCCUUUGAUCAAGAAAUCUCCAGAUACCUACUAUUACCUAACCCUAGAAUCCAUUAGCGUGGGAAGCAAGAAAAUUCAAUUCCCAGGGUCAGAUUCUGGAACCAACGAGGGAAACAUCAUCAUCGAUUCAGGCACAACUCUUACGUUGUUGCCCACCGAGUUUUACUCCGAGCUCGAGGAAGAGGUUGCGUCCCAAAUCGAUGUUGAGAGGCAAGAAGAUCCACAGAGAGUUCUGAGUUUGUGUUACAGCGCAACCGCGGAUUUGAAAGUUCCAGUCAUUACUAUGCAUUUUGAUGGAGCAGAUGUGAAGCUCGACUCUUCAAAUGCCUUUGUACAACUCUCAGAGGAUUUGGUUUGCUUUGCUUUCCGUGGGAACCAAGACUUAUCCAUUUACGGGAACUUGUCACAGAUGAACUUUCUUGUUGGAUACGACACCGUUUCUCAAAAGGUCUCGUUUAAGCCGGCGGAUUGUGCAAAGAUGUAG